AUGCUAGGAACAGUGACUCUCGGCCACCGCAAUAUGUUUAUUCGCUCGGCCGUAGCGGAGGCGCCGUCGGCGGCACUUAUUGAGCGGAGGAGGAGUCUAUACAAGGUUCUCAGAGUCAAUCAGAAAGCUACCCAAAUGGAGAUCAAAGUGGCGUACCGGACGCUUGCCAAGUUGUUCCACCCGGAUGUUGCCUCGCAUUUAACUAAAUCGUCAUCGACGUCAACGGGAGACGACGACGGCAUAGAUUUCAUCGAGAUUCACAAAGCAUACUCCAUUCUGUCGGAUCCCGACGCUAGGGCUGUGUAUGAUUCGGAGUUGUGUGUCGGGUCGCAACGGCGGAGGCCUUCUUGGAGUGGCUCCGGGGUCCGGAGUCAGGAACGGGUACGGUUUUACCAGUCCCGGAGGUGGGAAACGGAUCAAUGCUGGUGA